UGAUGUUGUUCUUUCUUAAUUGGUGGGGUGCACGUCUGGGUUGGAUGCUUGGACCUGUCUCGCCACAACCUACGGCCCCGCCAGUCAUCACAGCAUUCGCCAUCUCAAAGAUCGCUUUGACACUGUCACUUGCGGCACUGACUCUGCGGAGAGGUAUCUUGCUCGUGCCAAAGAGAUUUUGACCAGUCUGGCCGCCCUCGGCCAUCCCAUCUCCAACGACGAUCUCGUCACCCGCUGCCUCAAAGGACUAGCAUCGCCUUCUUGCCGAUGGCUCCUCACUGUCAGUCCUCUACAGCAAAACAGGCAUGCGCGGCGGCAGGGGCCUGAGAUCUCGUGG